GCAAGCGUAACAGAAAUAUUUAGAAAUUAAAUAAAACCUUAUGCUAACAGGUCCAUUUUCCAGGUCUUAAGCACGAACUGGAAAUGGAGAAAAGUGGCUGGAUGGCUUGAAGCGACCAGCACUCCCUGAGCCCCAGUCCCCCCCGUCCGUUCCCCCCCCCACCGCGCUUUCCUCUGGCUCGACUAGGAAAGUCCCUGGGGGUGGGCUGACGUUUUUAAAGACGCUAAUAAACACCGUCACUUCUUUACACAAGUUAUUUGGAGCGAGAGUUUGAAAUCCCCCGGUGUCUCCGUAAAUCGGGAGCCCCUUUCCGACGCUUCCCUGCAGCACAAAUGACAUCCUACUGACGCUUUAAUGCCACCAAGCUUCCCCGCUCGCCAGCAGGACCCUCUCCUUCGGGGAAGAGAUGGCCGUGUGAGAGCCACGGCGGAAACACCGGGCAGGACCCACGCCAAAAGUCAUUCCCUCUCUCGCUUAAACAAGGGAAAAAAAAAAAAAAAACCAAAAAACAAAACCGGGGAGAGGGAGAAACGGGCCUUUGCGAUCGCAGCGGUCACAUCCCCCGUAUCCACCCAAAAAUGGGGGAGCGGGGCGGGAGGCAGCCCACGGCGGGGCCCGGGGAGCCGCGGGAAGCGCGGCCGGAGCAGUGACGUCACCGGGUCUCCCGGUCCCGCCCCCUCCCCGGGUCGGGGGAGGGGUCACCGAGGGGGUUUCCUCGCGGCCCGGUGGGGGAGGCACGGCCGGCGCGCCGGGGGGCCGCCGCUGCUGCUACCCCGCCGCCUCCUCCCCCUCUUCUUUCUCCUCCUCUUCUUCCUUCUCACCGGUGGAACUGCCCGGGCGCCACCGCCCCGGCCCCUGCUCCUGCCCCGAGGCAGGGGGGGCACCUCGCCGCCGCGGCUCCCGGGGGUCUCCUCAAGGGGGGGGUCCCCGCUCGGCACGGCACGAGGAAACGAGGAAGCGCCUCCCCCCGACGGCCGAAGCCGCCGCCGCCGCUCGGGGCGCUGCGCGGUGCGUGUCGCGCUCCCCCCUGGCAGGGCCCGGCCCCCGGGGCACCGGCACGGCCGGGCGCGCACACACACACACACGGACGGACACGCAGAGAGACGGGGCUGACGCGAAGAUCCCGGAGGUUCCUCCCUGCCGCCCGCCCGGACGGGCUUCCCCGCGCCCCCGCCCGCCCGCCCGGCCCGCCGCGCCCCGGCGCCGCCGGGUAAACUCACCGCCGCGCCGCGCAUCCCGUCGCGGCUACAACUUUCCAUCCCGGGCGGCAGCCGGCGGCGGCAGCGAGCCCCUCCGCCGCUGGAAGUGGGCGGGGGAGGAAAUACGAGGAGGAGGCGCGUCGUGCUCUCCGCCGCGGCGCCCCUUUUUUGGCCCGGGACGCGGGUUUUGCCGGUGGGGGCUGUGCUGCCGCGGUUGGUUUCCUGCAUCAGCUGCGGGGGUGUGUGUGCUCAGCACACACGUGUGUCUGUGUGUGUGUGUGCGCUCUCCGUGCUGGGUCACCCUGCCCGGCCCAGGGCUGCCCUCCCUUCUCCCACACCCCUGGCAAGCGAGCACUGGGCCACCCUCCAAAAGGCGAGGGGGCCCGGGCUGGGCUUUGGGUACUGAGGAGGGGAAUUUGGCAUUUCUUUUAUUUCUUUUUUCUUUUUUUUUUUUUUUUUUUGUCACCCAAACUCCCCGACAAAGGAGUGUUGGCAGCUUUUCAUUGCCACUCAGGUUUUCGAUCGGGUUUUGCUUUUGAAGCAAGUACGUGAUGUCUUUAGCAAACAAACCCAAAUAAAUAUUUCUUGCAUCA